AUGCUGUUGGCGAUCACGUACGACAAUCUGAAGAUGUUGGAAAGAAUGCUGGAAUUUGACGAGGCCAACAAUAAGAGCGGAAACCGUGGCAGAGGCAAUGGCUGGAAUCGGAUACGGUCAAAUGAUGACGUUAAGGGACAUUAUCCGGAAAUAUACAUCGAUUCGGAAGAGUUUCCGCGAUUCAUGACGCCACUGAUGUUGGCCACUCAGUGUAGCCUUUAUGAGACGGUCGAGUACCUGGUGAACCGCGGCCACAAGCUGGACAGGCCGCAUCCGCCGCGUUGCACAUGCAGUGACCAGUGCGUGGCCGCGGCCACACGCGGCGAUGUGGUGGCCGACAGCAGCGAACGGCUGAAUGGCUACUGGUCCAUCAGCGACCCGACUUUCAUGUGCACCACGUCGUCUAGUUCCGAUCCGGUACUCGAGUGCUUCCGGUUGUACGAAGAGCUGUUGCAAUGUGGAUCCACCGAACAGGUGCACAAAACUACGUACACGCAAAUGGCCACACAGGUAAGACAGUUCGCAGUGGAAAUGAUAGUGAACUGCAGGACGUCAGACGAAGUUAAGAUCAUGUUGCGAAAUCGUGACGGAUGCAGGUUCAGAGGAAAGUUCCCGUACCCGAGACUGAUCACAGCCAUGGACUACAAGCAAAAAGAGUUCGUAGCCCACACCAAUAUCCAACAGGUGUUGGAGACUGCGUGGCUGGGCGAUUGGAUAGAGUGGAAAUCGUACUCAGCGACAUGGAAGUUGUUGUACUUGCUGAGGCGGUUCAUUAUGCUGCCGGCGAUGGUAAUUCUAGGAAUGUUAGCGCCUAACUCGAAAAUGAAUCAAUUCAACCGGUUACCGAUUAACCGGAUGUUCAAUAGCCUAGUCACAUACCUGGUGUUUCUCUGGCUGCUGUUCAGGCAAUCGAACGCCGACAAGUUCGAGACACGUAGGGGAGCGCCGGAACUGGGUAUGUUGUUGCCCAUCGCUGUGUUCGUGGUUGGCCACGUGCUUGAGAAGUUGAAGCUGCGGCUGCAGCAGGGCCCGGAGCGGUUCUUCAAGAACCUGUGGAACGUGUUCGACACGGUCAAGUUAACGCUGUUCUCGUUAGCGUUCUUGUCCUGGAUAGCUGCCGCCUUAAAUAUUAUUACCCAGGGGUCCGAUGACCUGGACCGCAAGUACUGGCCCUGGAUCGACCCACAGCUGGUGGCCGAGAGCCUGUUCACCAUGGCCACCGUCAUGGCGUAUCUGCGGCUACUGUUCCUGUGCCAGCUCAACUACUAUAUCGGCCCGAUGCAGGUAUCCCUGGGCAAGGUUCUGCAUGACUUCGGAAAGUUCGCCACGUUCCUGUUGAUCAUCAUGGCGGCAUUCACGUGCGGACUGGGCACAUAUUAUUCGUAUUAUGCGGGUAUGGUGCACAAGGACCCGGAAACGGGUGAAACCACGAGGCAAGAGGACUCGUUCAUCACGGUCGCCGACACGUUCAAGACGCUCUUCUGGGGUAUAUUCUGCAUGACCUCGCUGGAGGCACCUAACGUGGUAGUCACCAACACGGUGGCGGCCACUGGCCACAUCGACGCGGCCACGCAAUCACACCAGUUCACGCAGCUGGUGGGCUACGGGUUGUUCGCAGUGUUCGAGGUGCUCAUGGUUGUCGUCAUGAUGAACAUGCUCAUCGCCUCAAUGUCAGACACUUUUCAAGGCGUUACUGACAACGCUGAGUACGAGUGGCUUUUUGGCCGGACCCAGGUGUACGUCAGCUACAUGUUGCUAAACGACAUGCCACCGCCAUUCAACCUGUUGCCCACAACCGGCCUGCUGUUCUGUGCCAAGCGGCUCGUGUCUAAUUCGUCGCAUGGCUACAGUCGCAUGCCGGGUGAUGACGGUAGAGGCGACUUGGACAGCCGCUCGACGGCCGAGGACCCUGAGUUCCGUAAUCUCAUGACCGAAAUCAUCAAGCGGUAUUUCACGAUGCGCAGACCACUCGUUGAACGAUGA